AUGGAAAUGAAAAAUUUUACUGGAGGUGAAAACUCGCAAAGAAUUGCAGAACUUCGCUGCUCUGUGGAAUUUACUGGAGAGGUACAUGGCGAGCUCGUUUUUCUCUCUGUCAUUAACACUUUUUUGUCAAUUACAGCAUUUUGGGGGAAUACUCUGAUCCUAGUUGCCCUUCGCAAGGACACAUCAAUUCAUCCGUCAUCCAAACUCCUGUAUCGUAACCUAGCGAUAAGCGAUCUUUGCGUUGGUAUCAUUGUCGAGCCUCUAACCGUUGCAUAUUUGACAUCCGUGGUGAACAAAAGAAGGGAUAUUUGUUAUUACACAAUUUUGUUAGGACAUUUCGCAAGUUUUAUUUUGUGUUCAGUGUCGUUGAUAACAGUGACUGCAAUAAGCGUGGACAGACUUCUUGCUUUGCUACUGGGUCUCAGAUACAGACAAGUUGUAACUUUGAAAAGAACACGUUUAAUUGCUAUUGGUGGUUGGAUUGUGUCCGUUGUCUUUGCAUCUACAUCCUUUCUGAAUCCUUCUAUAGUUUCAUUGUACCAAUAUAUUGUUGGAGCUUUUUGUUUAGUCACUACAAUCUGUGCCUACACAAAAAUCUUCAUGUCUCUGCGUCAUAACCAAAUUCAUGGUCAGAACCAUGUUGUUCAAGGGCAAUCGAGCCAAGCAAAUACACUGAAUAAAGCUCGAUACAGAAAGGCAGUGUACAGUGCACUGUGGGUGCAGGUAACAUUGGUUAUUUGUUAUGUGCCGCAAGUUAUAGCUGAAGCUUUAACACCUCAAAGGGGGAUGCCUUUAUCUACGUUUCUUGCCGGGAGAUUUACAGCUACUUUAGUGUUUUUAAACUCGGCCUUAAAUCCAUUGCUGUACUGCUGGAAGAUGACAGAAGUGAGACAAGCUGUAAAAGGAACAUUACAACAACUACACUUGUGUACCUGAACUAAGACUUAGACUAAGAACAUUUACUAACGAACUUGAUAACAAAAGAUAUAUAUAAGAAAACCAGACAAAUGUCCUAGUCCGAAUUGCACCUUUAAGAUUGUUUUCUGUUUCAUUGCAGAUUGUAAAGACACAAACAAAAUCAUUUGUUUAUGUUAAAAAGUUUAAUAAUCAUAAAACAAAAUGAAAAUAUCACUAAAACUAGUCAGUUAGCUAAUUAGUUCUCUGGCAAUGAAGACCACGAAGCAGGCACAUAUUCUUAAAGAGAACAGCUCACUUGCUGGCAACAUCACACCGACAAACUCUUUUGACUAAUGGUUUUUAAAGCCAGAAGACAAUCAGAGAGCGUUACUGUUCUGCGGAAUUUACUGGAGAUCGA